AUGCCUGGUUCGUCUCUCCGAGAUCCUUCGCCGUCCUCGUCUUCCUCCGGGAAGAAAGGGGUUAAGAAACGGAAACAAAAGCUUACCAAGGCUUCUGAUGAUUCAGGCUCAAAGAAGAAGGAUAAGAAUGCUAAAGAUACCGGAGGCGUCUUUGCGGCGGUGACCAAACAUGGGGCCAAAUUCUCGGAUGGCAGCCCUAUCAAAGACCCGGCUCCUGUACCAGAAUCUCCCCCAAGCCCAGAGCAGACUCCCGAGAUGAAGCCUUCAUCUCCGUCGACGAUCCCGAACCAUGGGAAUCCAAACGCUGGAGUGUCUCCGCUUUUGGAUGGUGUGACGGGGACAUCGAUCGCUACCAGCACUGCACCCAGCAUGAGUGAUUGGACAAAGAAUCACGGAGCGCUUGCUGGUUCACCUAAUCUCAUCAGUUUGAUGGGUGAAUCACCACCCACUCAGCCAUCCUCAUACGAGGACCAAAAAGCACAUCCUGCAUGGGCAGCACAGCAAAGAAACCCGGUUAACAACUAUGCGAUUUCGGUUUCACCGCCCACAGGAACAAGGCGCCCGUUGAGUUUCCAAAUGGAUCAUCAUUUCCCAGGUCACGACCUUCGUUCACAAGCGUCUUCGCCUCCAGGCAUCCGACGUAGCUCGAUGCAUUCUCCCUUCCCCCAACCUCGGGUCAACCCACCUUUGCCUCACCAAGCUCAAGCUCAUUUCUAUGGUACGCCCGAGGUUGACUUAGAUCUUGGCCCCAAAGACGGUCUCAAAGCCGGCGAGCGUGGUUACUACUUCGGGUUUGACACAUGGCCAACCUUGCACACUACUCAUAGUGCGAGCAGCAACAAUGUUGUUUUGGCAGGAUAUGAAGGAGGCUUGGAUGUUUAUUCAGUGUCGAAACGAGGCUUGGAAAACCUGACAAGCUUGAAAGGGCUGCGUGGAGGUGUCUACAACGCAAAAAUCCUGCCUUGGAACAGUUCCUCCGGGUCUGCUGAAGUAUAUCCUUUGGUGGCUGUGGUCAUCCAUGGACCAGUCUUGCCGACACAGACUCCUGACAUAGUCGAAACUCGAUACGACGCCAUGGGCAGCCCGAAACUGGACGGGGUCAAUACUCCCCAAUCAGAAAGCAGUCAACGCCCUAUCGGUACAGCGAAGACGACGUCCACAAUUGAUGCGUAUCAAACCACAGUUGAGAUUUAUUCACUGAGGACGAACAGCACAGUUUGCACUCUUCUACAGGCGCCCAGAAUUCCGAUCAAAUCUUCUAUCCAGAACCCGGUCUUCCGAAGCCCGCCCCCGACUGGCGCAUUGCAAGUUCGAGCUGACAAUGGAAGCGUUGUUGUUUCUUCCGGUACUACUGGAGAGUGUUGGGUUUUCCGGCAAUUCAAGAAUACCGACAAGGUAGAAGUUGAGUUUAGAUGUGUGGGUAAGCUGUGGACGAGUCUGCAACAAGCUUUGAAGGCAACAGGUGAUGCGACGCCCGAGGAAGGAAGAAGCAGCAGCCCCAUUCCACCGCGACAAAACCCACAGAUGCCUGUUGUUGCAAUCCGUGGAAGAUGGAUUGCAUACUGCCCUCCUGCACCAUCGUCGCAGAUAGCACUCAAUGCGUCGAUUGGUGUGACUAUAGAUGGCAGAGCACCUGGCUUGAACACACUUACGUCCCCGGUUCUGCCCGGCGAGAGCUCUGACGUGGAUCAGCCUGAUUCGAACGGGGUGAUGAACAAGAUUAUGAGAGAAACCACUCAAGAGGUCAUCCAAGGAGCGCGCUGGGUAGGCAAGCAGAGUCUGCAGCUGUGGAACAAUUAUUGGAAGCAGCCAAGUCCUCAGUCGCAAGGUCGACCGCAGUCCGUGGGCUCACCACCAUGGAGUGCCCCGUUUUCGGGCAGAGCGGAAACGGCGCAAUUUCCCCCGACAUACGGUGUCUCUGGUCACGCAGUCACAAAGGAUCCGGGUUUGGUUUCCAUCCUGGAUCUGGAAAGCUUGAACAAUUCAUCCUCUAUUCAUCACGUCACUACGUUCAAGGUACCGCUCGGCUGUAGCUUUUUGUCAUUCUCGCCUACGGGUCUAUCGUUGUUCACUGCCAGUACGAAAGGCGACGUACAAACUGUCUGGGAUCUGAUGCGAAUCCAGCACAGUAAAUCGUCAGCCCUGCAAAACUCUCCUGCAUCAGGGAAUGGACAUUUGACUCGAGUCAGGCAGAUCGCUCAAUUCUCACGUAUGACGGUAGCUCGGAUCGUCGACGUUGCCUGGUCAAAGCCGAAUGGAGAACGCGUUGCAAUGGUAACCGAAAGAGGUACUGUUCACCUUCUAGACAUGCCGCCGAGCGCCUAUGCUUGGCCGCCUCCCCGUCGCCGUGCGAAAGCUGAGGAGCCCAGCUCAGCAGCCACGGAGAACCCGUCAUCUGCUGUUUCUAUGGCAUCCAACGUUUUGACUUCGGCUUAUGGCGCAGCACGACCACUAAUCAAUCACCGUCGCAGAAGUAGCUCUAAUGCGAACGCAACAUCUUCCUUGAUGGAUCACGCCAGCUAUGGUGGCAAGGUGCUCGCUGCAGGCAUCAGCCAUUCGCUAGGGAACACGGCCACCGCGAUCAAUCAAAUGCGCCAGAACGCUGAGAAUCGUGUUAGUCUUCCGAUGAGCAGUCAAAUUCCUGGUCUCGCGUGUGUUACUUGGAUCACAGGCCGGAGAUAUCCCACACUUUUCGUAGCUGGGGACGGACUGGUCAGACAAUUCCCUAGCAAGACACGCAAGACAACAACCACAGGCAAACCCCGCGUUACACGCGGGACAAGAUACAAGGACUUCAAGGUGAAAUACUUGCCUAAUGAUGUGCUUGCACCUAUCGUGAAGCGCCUCAUCGAGCCAGAGGAGGACUUGGAAUUGACAAAUCCCGAAUUUGACGGCGGAAACACGCUCGUGUUGAAUCCGCGGCCGUCACCCGGUAAAUUGGAUCUGAGUCCGGAGGCGGCUAUCCCUCACGCCGAGAUAGAAACAAGUGCGCCUUACCAACCAUUCCACACGGAUCGACGCGUUGCGCUUUUUGAGUAUAGCGUUGAAGCGGGACAAACGUCGCUGGCCGCUGUUACACAGCUUUUGGAUGAGACCACGCUUGAGGAAUAUUCGGCGACUCCGCGCAAAUCAAAGAAGAAGCAGCAACAGGGCAAGUCAGCUGUGAAGUCUGCAGCGUGGGCUUUUGGUCAGGCGAUGACUGCCGUGAGGAUCGACGUUGGUAUCCCUGUCGCGAUGGAAGACGAUUUGAGCAGCAGCAGUCUAGACGAGCAUCGUGCCUUGCCGGCCUCAGCCAUUGAAAGGGUUAUGCAGAGGGGCGAUAACGAUGCGCAGAUUGUGAUCACCACUCGGCGCCGUAGGGGUGGCAACCGUACUGCUGAUGGGGACGAGGACGGAUUCUUCGAGGAUGACUGUGAAGUCCUCGACUUUGCUGACCAGAGAGUCUAG